UUUUUUUUUUUUUUUUUUGGUGUGCUGAUACAUGAUUGACCAAUCAUCGAAGGGGAAAAAACGAACCGUCGUCAAAUAGCAGAAAUCCCUGGGUUUUCCAAUACCCUCCUCCAUUGAAUCCAUUGUCUUAUGUCCUUGUUCACUCGUGUCAUGUAUAGAUCCACUGUCAGGGCGACGGCUUCUCGCGCCACUGCCUGGACACCUUGCCAAAGUUUACCACGUGCACCGACGGCAACGUCGGUACUGUCGAAACGGUUGUUUUCAACUGCAAAACAAGAGGCUUCCCAAAACAAAAAGCCGCCUUUAACAUGGAAAUCAGCCGCAUUAUGCGUCGCCACCGGAGCAGGGCUCGUUGUCUAUUUCAAAAAGGAAAAAGAACGAGUGCAGAAAGAACGCCGUUUUCGAGAGCGACAGGCGGUCCAAUCGUAUGGUCGACCGGCCAUUGGAUGCCCGUUUAAUCUCAUUGAUGCAGAUACCAACCAACGAUUUAGCAGCGACCAAUUGAAAGGUCGUUAUUACAUGGUGUAUUUCGGCUUCACUCAUUGUCCAGAUAUAUGUCCUGAGGAAUUGGAUAAAAUGGCCGAAGUCGUCGAUUUAGCCAAGGCAGACAAAGAACUGGGGAAUAUCUUGGUUCCCGUGUUCAUUACCUGCGAUCCGCGACGUGAUACACCCGAGAUUAUCAAGGAAUACGUCAAGGAUUUCCACCCCGACAUGAAAGGCUUUACCGGCGAUUCGGAAGAAAUCCGGCAAGUGGCUCGAGCAUUCCGUGUGUAUGUCCGCGUGCCACCGGAUGCAAGCAAAGAUGACGAUUACUUGGUGGAUCACUCCAUCUUUUUCUAUUUAAUGGAUCCACAAGGUCGAUUUGUUGAUUGCUACUCACGCGAUACCACCCCUGAAGAGGUCUUUGAAAGCUUCAAACAAUAUGUAAAAGAUUAUCGAGCUCAAGGUGGCCUUGUCCAAGUCGCUUCGAGUUAGAUUAGAUAGAAAUAAAUAAUAGAGUGACAUAGAAUGUAUUCACAAGUUCAUCGUUUUUAGC